GUCUUGUUGUCUCUAAGCCGGACCUGAUCACCUUUUUGGAGCAAAGGAAAGAGCCUUGGAAUGUGAAGAGUAAGGAGACAGUAGCCAUCCAGCCAGUUGUGUUUUCGCAUUAUAACAAGGACCUGUUGACAGAGCACUGCACAGAAGCUUCAUUCCAUAAAGUGAUAUCGAGGAGACAUGGGAACUGUGAUCUUGAGAAUUUACAUUUAAGAAAAAGGUGGAAAAGGGAGGAGUGUGAAGGGCACAAUGGAUGUUAUCAUGAAAAGACUUUUAAAUAUGAUCAAUUUGAUGAGUCCUCUGUUGAAAGUUUGUUUCACCGGCAAAUACUUUCUUCUUGUGCCAAAAGCUAUAACUUUGAUCAAUAUAGGAAAGUCUUUACUCAUUCAUCAUUGCUUAAUCAACAAAAGGAAAUAGAUAUUUGGGGAAAACAUCACAUAUAUGAUAAAAUUUCAGUGUUAUUUAGGCAGGGCUCUACUCUAAAUAGUUACUGAGAUGUUUUCAUUGAAGAUAAAAAUUAUCAUUGCAAUAAUUCUGAAAAAGCUUUGAACCAAAGCUCAAGCCCUAAAAAUCAUCAGGAAAAUUAUUUUCUAGAAAAACAAUACAAAUGUAAAGAAUUUGAGAAAGUCUUUCUUCAGAGUAUGCAUGGGCAAAAGAAGCAAGAACAGUCUUACAAAUGUAAUAAAUGUGUAGAAGUUUGUACCCAGUCAUUAAAACAUAUUCAACAUCAGACCAUCCAUAUCAGAGAAAACUCAUAUAGAUGUAAUAAAUAUGAUAAAGACCUUAGUCAGUCAUCAAAUCUUAGAAAGCAGAUAAUCCAUAACGAAGAGAAACCAUACAGAUGUGGAAAAUGUGGGGAUAGCUUUAACCAUAGUUUGCAUCUUAUUCAACAUCAGAUCAUUCCUACUGAAGAGAAACCUUAUAAAUGGAAAGAAUGUGGCAAAGUCUUUAACCUUAACUGUAGUUUAUACCUUACUAAACAGCAGCAAAUUGAUAUUGGAGAAAACCUUUACAAAUGUAAAUCAUGUAGCAAAUCUUUUACUUGUUCCUCCAAUCUUAUUGUGCAUCAGAGAAUUCACACUGGAGAGAAACCAUACAAAUGUAAAGAAUGUGGCAAAGCCUUUCGCUGUAGUUCAUACCUUACUAAACAUAAGCGAAUUCAUACUGGAGAGAAACCUUAUAAAUGUAAAGAAUGUGGAAAAGCUUUUAACCGUAGUUCAUGCCUUACUCAACAUCAGACAACUCAUACGGGAGAAAAACUUUACAAAUGUAAAGUAUGUAGCAAAUCUUAUGCUCAUUCUUCAAAUCUUAUUAUGCAUCAGAGAGUUCAUACUGGAGAGAAGCCUUAUAAAUGUAAAGAAUGUGGCAAAGUCUUUAGCCGUAGUUCUUGCCUUACUCAGCAUCGGAAAAUUCAUACUGGAGAAAAUCUUUACAAAUGUAAAGUAUGUGCCAAACCUUUUACUUGUUUCUCAAAUCUUAUUGUGCAUGAGAGAGUUCAUACUGGUGAGAAACUCUAUAAAUGUAAAGAAUGUGGCAAAGCCUUUCCUUAUAGUUCACACCUUAUUCGACAUCAUCGAAUUUAUACUGGAGAAAAACCAUACAAAUGUAAAGCAUGUAGCAAAUCUUUUAGUGACUCCUCAGGUCUUACUGUGCAUCAGCGAACUCAUACUGGAGAGAAACCCUAUGUCUGUAAAGAAUGUGGCAAAGCCUUUAGUUACAGUUCAGAUGUUAUUCAGCAUCGGAGAAUUCAUACUGGCCAGAGACCCUACAAAUGUGAUGAAUGUGGCAAAGCCUUCAGUUAUAGGUUAUACCUCACUACACAUCAGAGAAGUCAUACUGGAGAGAGACCCUACAAAUGUGAAGAAUGUGGCAAAGCCUUUAACUCUAGGUCAUACCUCAUUACACAUCAGAGAAGUCAUACUAGAGAAAAAACUUUAAAAAUGUAAAACGUGGAGCAGUUUUUUUACUUGUUACCCAUGUCUUAUUGUGCAUCAGAUAAUUUAUAUGGGAGUGAAACCCUACAAAUGUUAAAAAUGUGGCAUAACCUUUAACCAUUUUUCAAGCCUUGCACAACAGCAGAGAAUAUAAACUGAAAAAAUCCAUACAAGUACUAAAUAUGUGGCAAAUUAUUUUAAACUGCUCAACCCUUACUCAAGAUAAUCCAUACAAGAGAAACACUGUAGAUGUAAAAAUGUGAAAAGUUUUAUUCAAACUAUCAACUUAUGAGUCACCUAGGGGUUCAUAGAAAAAGAAAGUUUGCAGAUGCAAUAAAUGUGAGGAAGUAUUUAAUAAAAAAUGAAGUCUAAAUGUGUCAGAGAAUUUAUGUUAGAAAGGACUAAAGCACAGACACUUUCAGCCUUUAUACUAAAGAAGAGUAUUUUUUAUACAGAAUAAAGGCAAAAUAAUUAGAUAAUUUAUUUGCUUGUAUGUUUUAAAGUAGCAAGAACAUUGAUGUUUUGACAGGUAUAUUUCAUAGAUACUUCAUUUGUAUUUGCAGUAUUUGAGGUUUUUGGAAGGCAAAUAUUAUUUAUAUAAUUCAGCUUUCAGAUCUGCUGCUGCUUUUCCUUAAUCCAUGGCAUUCAUGUGAAAAUAUGUGUUCUGGUUUUUUUCUGCAUCAGAGCAAUGUGAGGUCCUUCUACGUUAAUAUCAUUGACGUCAACAUUUUUCAUGGAAGUUUAAUGCCAAAUGUAAAACACAUGAAGAAAAUAUUUUAAAAUAUGCUCUUUGUGUUUGAAUAAAGUAGUAAUGCAUGUAAA